AUGCCACUCGAAGGCAGCGGUGUUCGGCAAGAAGCGCCUGGAACCCGGCCACUCCAGGACCUGGAGUAUGGCAGUGCUGUCCUGAGAAAGCCGAAGAAGAAGACAGUUUCCAUUUUCCGAUACCUUUGCGCCUGCUUUGCCGUAGUUUCUCAUUUCUCUUUCAUUGUGCUGACAGCGUGGGUCAGCUGCAGCUUCGCGCGUUGGGAAGAAAUGGACGAGCCCCUGCAAGAGCCGAUCCAGCUUCGUAUUGUGGCGGGCACGCACUCCGAACAGGCCGACUGCUGGAAUCCAGCCACAUUCCUUGGUGUACACAGGCCGGGUACGGCCAGAGCUUCUGGAUUUUGCGAGAUGAGGGCAUCUAGUCUUGCGAGCAACCGCUUCCGAAGCUUCGUGGCAUUGAUGCUGGGCCCCGUGGUGGUCAUUGAAACCGUCUUGCAUUGGUUCCAGGGGACGCAUUUCCCCCUCACAGCUUCACAGAGCUUCUUUGUCGUGAGCACCGGACGGGAAAUGGAGAGGAAAGUUCCAGUGGUGGAUGUGGCAUCGAUACUCAUCUUGACGUCCGAAUCGGCGGGGAUCUAUCACGUGCCUAUCAACUGGGAGAACCCUAUUGGCGGAGGGAGUCCGCAGAGUCUUUGGCAGAAGGAGGAGCUACAGGCACGCCUGCCUUUCUGUUGCUCCGUCGCAGUACUGCUGCGAUCGUCCCUCUCGUGGCUUUACUGUAGGUUUCCGCGCGAGUUCGGAAUUCGAAGGAUGCGAUUUGGCUGCCGGCGUGUCCCAAGCAAUGGCAAUUUUCUUCUUUUAUUGUGGUAUGUGGAACAUUGCUCUCCUCUACAUGAGGGUACAUGA